AUGAUUUCCCGACCUCCUCGUAGGGACAUCUUCGGCAGCAGCGCUCUGCACAUUGCGGCGCGCGCGGGCGCGGAGCUGGGCUGCCGGCGGCUGCUGGAGGCCGGCGCGUGCGUGAACGCGGCCGACAACGUGGCGCUCACGCCCCUGCACGAGGCCGUGCGCUGCGGGCGAGAGGCCGCGUGCCGCGUGCUGCUCGCGCACGGCGCCGACCCCGACGCGCCCGACUUGCACGGACGCACGCCUCUGCACGACGCCGUCGCGCUCCGCCUCAGGCACGUCGGCGAACUGCUGCUCGAGCACGGCGCUGACGUUCGGGCCGAAGACGCGGAGGUAGACUACCCUCAUUUACUACUAACCUCCCAAACACAUGGAGUGAAAUCAAUAGACAAAGUCUACGAUGUUCGGCAGGGCAAGACGCCACUUCACGAGGCCGCACGGACGGGCGACGGGGCGCUGUGCGAGUGGCUGGUGGAGAAAGGGGCCAACGCCCACCAGGUGGACGAGGACGGCCGCACCGCCAUGCACGAGGCGGCAGCGCACGGGAGAAUCGGCGCGUGCGUGGUGUUGGCGUCGCUGGGAUUGGCGCUGCACACACGUGACCAUCGCGGGCGCUCGGCGCUCGAUCUGGCGGCGCAGGCCGGCUACGACGUGGCGCACGCGCUGCUGCGGAGGGUAAAUCGGGCCGGCAGAGAGGACGACCCUCCGCCCGCCGCGACUCCUCGCACGCCAGGCGAUGCGGACUGAGCUUCUCAACAAGCACAGGAACCUGCGUGAACUCUCAGAUUUGUGGAUAGACAUGAGAUGUCCCGAUCUUGUUUGUCGCUGCAGUCCCUCUGACCGGGAGGUCCUAGGUUCGAGUCCCGACGGUGGCAGGAGUUUUGACACGAGC